AUGGUAAAUCCGCUUUUAAGUAAAAAUUUGGACGAAGAGUCCCUAUUUGAUGUUGAUUUUUUUGAUGAAGAACCUGGAAGUCAUAACCAGCGACAUCAAACGGGUGGCGGAGUGGAAACAAAUAGUACAAGUGCACACCACAACCUGGACUUGACCCAAGAGAUUGUUGACUUUUCUCGAGAUGACAGUAUCGAAAAUGAUCUAGUUAAUGAUCCCUUUGGAAACGAAAAUUCGCUUGAUUGGAGCUCCAACAGACUUGGCCUGACAAGGGAAGGUGGAAUAACAGACGCAAGGAUGCAAGGGAAUCCCGGUUUCUUUUCAAGACUCAUGAGUAGAAUGCGAGGGACGCCUGGAAUUGCAAAAAAGAAAGAUUACCAGAGUUUUGAAAUGACAGAUUAUGAUGCUGUUCAAAACGGUGACAAUUAUGAGACGUCCAGAAAAAGGUUUAACAUUAAAUACCUUUUCAAUCAUUAUAUAUUACGAAAAGGAGGCUCUGCAGAUAGUGAUAUGGGUGGCCCCAGAAUCAUUUAUAUGAACGAUAGAGCGACUAAUUCUUCUCAGGGCUAUGGAGACAAUCAUAUAUCGACCACAAAAUACAAUGCCGCCACAUUUUUACCGAAAUUUUUCUUUCAAGAAUUCUCAAAGUACGCUAACCUAUUCUUUCUAUUCACAUCCUGUAUUCAACAAGUACCACACGUUUCUCCGACGAACAGAUACACAACAGUAGGCACUCUGCUGGUAGUACUUAUUGUGUCUGCGAUCAAAGAGUGCGUGGAGGAUAUUAAAAGAGUUAGUUCUGAUAACGAAUUGAAUAACUCCAAAACUGAAAUUUAUUCGGAAGUCGAAGGCAAUUUUAUACUCAGAAGAUGGAUUGAUAUCCGUGUUGGUGAUGUUAUAAAGGUGAAGUCAGAAGAAGCUAUUCCAGCUGACUUGAUCGUUUUGUCUUCAUCAGAGCCUGAGGGAUUGUGCUACAUAGAAACAGCUAACCUGGACGGUGAAACCAAUUUGAAGAUCAAACAAGCAAAACCUGAAACGUGUAGGUUCAUCGAUUAUCGAGCACUUAAAGAUGUUCACGGAAAAGUGCUCUCAGAACAGCCGAAUUCUAGUUUAUACACAUAUGAAGGAACCAUGUCUUUGAAUGGUCAAGAGAUUCCACUAACACCGGAUCAAAUGAUUUUAAGAGGGGCCACUUUAAGAAAUACUUCAUGGAUUUUUGGUAUGGUCAUAUUUACAGGGCAUGAAACAAAAUUAAUGAGAAACGCAACCGCAACACCAAUUAAAAGGACGGCCGUUGAGAGAAUCAUUAAUUUGCAAAUUGCUGCUUUAUUUGGUGUUCUUAUUAUUUUAUCUUUGAUAUCCUCCAUUGGUAACGUAAUAAUGAGUACAGCUGGUGCUAAAAAUUUAUCUUAUUUGUAUCUCGAGGGUACGAACAAAGUGGGUUUAUUUUUCAAAGAUUUACUUACCUUUUGGAUUUUAUUUUCAAACUUGGUGCCAAUCUCGCUGUUUGUCACCGUGGAAUUGAUCAAGUAUUACCAGGCCUUUAUGAUCAGCUCUGAUUUAGAUUUGUAUUACGAAGCAACAGAUACACCUACAGUUGUGCGAACAUCGUCCCUAGUGGAGGAGUUAGGGCAAAUUGAGUAUCUUUUUAGCGACAAAACAGGCACUUUAACGAGAAACAUAAUGGAGUUCAAGUCUUGCUCUAUAGCAGGACGUUGCUAUAUUGAAAAAAUUCCCGAAGAUAAAGGAGCGAACAUGGAAGAUGGCGUGGAAGUUGGAUAUAGAAAUUUUGAGGAGUUGCAAAGAAAUCUUAAUGAUCCGACCAAUGACGAAUCUGUCAUUAUUGAAGAUUUUCUCAUUUUGCUUUCUGCCUGUCAUACUGUCAUACCUGAGUUUAAAAGUGAUGGUAGCAUAAAAUAUCAAGCAGCAUCUCCUGAUGAAGGGGCUCUUGUCCAGGGAGGAGCUGACCUCGGCUAUAAAUUUAUCAUUCGUAAACCAAAUUCUGUCACAAUUUUAAUUGAAGAGACAGGAGAAGAGCAGGUUUAUCAAUUAUUAAAUAUAUGCGAAUUUAAUUCAACUAGAAAAAGGAUGAGCGCAAUAUUCAGGUUUCCUGAUGGAGGUAUAAAGUUACUCUGUAAGGGUGCUGACACGGUGAUCAUGGAACGAUUGGAUAAAGAAUAUAAUCCAUAUACUGAAGCAACACUCAGACAUCUUGAGGAUUACGCCUCCGAUGGGUUGAGAACUUUGUGUUUAGCGAUGAGAGAUAUUUCGGAGGAAGAAUAUUCUGAAUGGAGCAAGAUACACAAUAUAGCAGCCACUUCAAUGGAUAACAGAGGUGAGAAAUUAGAUGAUGCCGCAGAACUAAUUGAAAAAGACCUGUUCCUGCUAGGAGCAACUGCUAUCGAAGACAAGUUACAAGAUGGCGUUCCUGAGGCCAUUAAAACGCUACAAGAGGCAGGGAUCAAAAUAUGGGUUUUAACUGGUGAUAGGCAGGAAACUGCGAUAAAUAUCGGUAUGAGUUGCAGGCUGCUAAGCGAAGAUAUGAACUUACUCAUUAUCAAUGAGAACAGUCGAGAAGGAACAAAGGAAAAUAUGAUUGAGAAAAUUAGUGCUUUCCAUAAGCAUCAAAUCUCUGAGCAGGAUAUAAACACUUUGGCGCUUGUUAUAGAUGGUGUGUCUUUGGGCUUCGCUCUAGAACCUGAUCUUGAGGACCACUUCCUGGAGAUAGCAAAAAUGUGCAAAGCGGUGAUCUGUUGCCGUGUUUCUCCGCUACAGAAGGCAUUGGUUGUAAAGAUGGUGAAAAGAAAAACCUCGUGCCUUCUGAUGGCGAUUGGAGACGGUGCUAACGAUGUGAGCAUGAUUCAAGCAGCACAUGUAGGCGUGGGUAUUAGUGGAAUGGAAGGUAUGCAAGCAGCUCGCUCUGCUGAUUUUGCCAUUGGCCAGUUCAAAUUUUUGAAGAAACUAUUAUUGGUACAUGGUGCUUGGUCUUAUCAAAGAAUAUCCGUGGCAAUUCUAUACUCGUUCUACAAGAAUAUCGCCUUAUACAUGACUCAAUUCUGGUAUGUAUUCGCUAAUGCCUUCUCCGGUCAAUCAAUAAUGGAAUCUUGGACCCUUACUUUCUAUAAUUUGUUUUUCACUGUCCUUCCCCCAUUUGUCAUUGGUGUAUUCGACCAAUUUGUGAGCAGCAGGCUUCUGGAACGCUACCCUCAGCUAUACAAACUUGGUCAAACGGGGCAGUUUUUCUCUGUCAAAAUAUUUUGGGGUUGGAUUAUUAAUGGGUUCUAUCACUCUGGAGUAACGUUCAUAGGCUCAGUUUUAUUUUAUCGUUAUGGAAUUGCGUUGAAUAAAAAUGGGGAGAUUGCAGACCACUGGUCAUGGGGUGUGUCGAUAUAUACCACAAGCAUCUUGAUCGUUCUUGGUAAGGCAGCACUAAUAACAAAUCAAUGGACUAAAUUUACUCUAUUAGCCAUUCCUGGAUCAUUCGUGUUUUGGAUUGUUUUCUUCCCCAUUUACGCAUCCAUUUUCCCUCACGCUAAUAUAUCAAGAGAAUACUAUGGUGUAGUCUCACACACAUAUAGCUCUGCAACGUUCUGGCUCAUGGUACUUGUGCUAUCCACUUUUGCACUGAUAAGAGAUUUUGUAUGGAAGUACUACAGAAGAAUGUAUGUACCGCAGCCUUACCAUGUCGUUCAAGAGAUGCAGAAAUUCAACAUCACGGAUAAUAGACCUCAUGUUCAGCAAUUUCAGAGUGCUAUACGAAAAGUGAGACAGGUCCAACGAAUGAAAAAGCAGCGUGGCUUCGCCUUCUCUCAGAGUGAGGAAGGUGGACAAGAGAAAAUCAUUAGAAUGUACGAUACUACUCAAAAAAGAGGUAUUUAUGGGGAGUUACAGGAUGCAUCCGCUGAUCCUUUCGGCGACGAAAACUACGUCAAUAUAUCCUCUGAUCCCUUCCCUGAUGAUGGUUCAGGGCAAAUUGCAUUCGACUCGGUUCAACAGGACAACCCGUUCAGGUCAUGA